CCGUAUACUACGCAUGCGUGUUAAGUUAAGACUUUCCGGUAAUAGAGAGCUCUCUUUCUUUCUAUUUCCGGUUCGUGAAUAGGGUUUCACAAUGGCCGAGAAACAAUCACAGCCGAAUGCUCCCAAAAAGUCAGGAAGGUUAUACUGUAAAGCUGUAUUCACUGGUUACAAAAGAGGACACAGAAACCAGCAUGAAUCUAUUGCUCUUCUGAAAAUUGAAGGUGUCAACACUAAGAAUGAGACAGAUUUUUACCUUGGAAAAAAGUGUGCUUAUGUCUACAAGGCCAAGAGGCUGACAGCCUGUCCUGGUCAUGAUAAACCAAGUCGGCUUAGAGUUAUCUGGGGCAAAGUAACUCGUCCCCAUGGUAACAGUGGUGCUGUUAGAGCCAAGUUCAGGAAGAACCUGCCAAGCAAAGCAAUGGGCAGAAGAAUCAGAGUGAUGAUGUACCCAUCAAGAGUAUAGAAUGAGUUCCAGAUUAAAAUGUUAUAACAUUA